CGGCGGAGCCAGUUCUAUAUAAAGGCGAGGCCGCCCCAGCUGGCACCACCCAUUCCUCGCGUCGCAUCGCACUUGUAGCUCUCGACCCCCGCAUCUCAUCCCUCCUCUCGCUUAGUUCAGAUCGAAAUCGCAAAUGGCGAAGAUUAAGAUCGGGAUCAAUGGGUUCGGGAGGAUCGGGAGGCUCGUGGCCAGGGUGGCCCUGCAGAGCGACGACGUCGAGCUCGUCGCCGUCAACGACCCCUUCAUCACCACCGACUACAUGACAUACAUGUUCAAGUAUGACACUGUGCACGGCCAGUGGAAGCAUCAUGAGGUUAAGGUGAAGGACUCCAAGACCCUUCUCUUCGGUGAGAAGGAGGUCACCGUGUUCGGCUGCAGGAACCCUGAGGAGAUCCCAUGGGGUGAGACUGGCGCUGAGUUUGUUGUGGAGUCCACUGGUGUUUUCACUGACAAGGACAAGGCCGCUGCUCACCUGAAGGGUGGUGCUAAGAAGGUCGUCAUCUCUGCUCCCAGCAAGGAUGCCCCCAUGUUUGUUGUUGGUGUCAAUGAGAAGGAGUACAAGCCUGACAUCGACAUUGUGUCCAAUGCUAGCUGCACCACCAACUGCCUUGCUCCACUUGCCAAGGUUAUCAAUGACAGGUUUGGUAUUGUUGAGGGUUUGAUGACCACUGUCCAUGCAAUCACUGCAACUCAGAAGACCGUUGAUGGACCCUCGAGCAAGGACUGGAGGGGUGGAAGGGCUGCCAGUUUCAACAUCAUCCCUAGCAGCACUGGAGCUGCAAAGGCUGUCGGCAAGGUGCUUCCUGCUCUCAAUGGAAAGUUGACUGGUAUGGCUUUCCGUGUUCCAACCGUGGAUGUCUCUGUCGUUGAUUUGACUGUCAGGCUUGAGAAGCCAGCAUCCUAUGAUCAGAUUAAGGCAGCUAUCAAGGAGGAGUCUGAGGGGAAACUCAAGGGUAUUCUGGGUUACGUUGAGGAGGACCUUGUUUCCACAGACUUCCAGGGUGACAACAGGUCAAGCAUCUUUGAUGCAAAGGCCGGUAUUGCUCUCAAUGACAACUUUGUUAAGCUUGUGUCUUGGUAUGACAACGAAUGGGGAUACAGCUCUCGCGUUGUUGACCUGAUCCGUCACAUGUACAACACCCAGUAGAAGAUGGUCACUCUUUCGGAAGAAAUGGAGUAGAGUGCUACUGAAAAUAAGUCGGACCUUUUGCGAGCUACUCCAGUAGAGCUUCAUUAGCUGUAUGCUGCCUUUUGUUUUUGCUGGCUUUUCGCAUGAUGUUUUAUUAAAACUCGAUGUAAUGUUAAUUUGUGUACUUCAUCUCCGGCACUUUAUAAAUCGUGGUUUUUGAAUUUGAAAGUUCAAGUGGCAUUAGACGAAUAA